AUGUGUCUUCGCGCUUGUUUUGAGGAAGAUGACUGCAGUUUUGUCAGCUACCGUGGGGGUCUCUGCUCUAUGUUUACGAUUGGAAACGCUACCCAAAACGGAGGCGACACUGUGUACAAGCUUGACUAUCAGCUCAAGCAGACGACAUGCAGACGCUUACCACUUGCGCCACAAGUGGAAUUUCAUUUAAUUCCGUUACCUGAGUUACAGAGCCAAAGCAGGAUGAUGGAGUUGCUCGACAAGCAAGCAUUCGUUCAUUUCACUGUUAUGCACAUAUUUCUUGUUGAACGAUUUGGCUAUUUCUUCACGAAGAAUACUUCAGAAAUUCCCAAAGAAGGGGAAAAAUUCAACUACAGCUUAGUCUUUGCUAAGAACCCCCAGCCAGAGUGUGUGUCAAUUCCUGUCUUUCAAAAAGCCACAGAUGUUGAUUGGCACAAACUUUACUUCGGAGACAUCUACAAUGUGACCGGCUAUGAAUUUUUGGAUGCGUAUGCAUUGCGUAUGCAUUUAGGCAAUGUGACUUCUGUUGAAGUAGUGAAGUCGAGUCCAACGUUUGCAAAGAAGACAUCAAUAAUCCUAAACUUUGAGCCUAAAAGUCUUCUCAUACCGCUUGGAUUAAGCGAUGCAAAACAAGCAAUCUUCAUUGCAAAUGUGCUAGAUGUGAACAACACACCAAUAAUGGACACCGUAGGCGGCAUCUAG